AGUGAAUGUACCUCUCCGCAGGCAUAUUUGUUUGUUUUGCUUUAAUGUUAUUUUCGGUACCGAAAAUUCCGCGUCCAAACGCUGCUGAAAUGCUUGGAAAAUAGCGUGAAUUUGGGGUGGGCCUUGGCUGCGCUGCUUGGAGCGCCCGCCUCCGCCGCUCGGAGCCCCAGCGCGACGCCGCGGAACGCGACGAGCGACGCGUGAAAGCAGUGGAAUAUCGAUCCGGUUAGGCCCCUCCGCCACUCCUGCCAGGCCCUGCCAGGCUGCACUUUCUUUGUCCCGGGCCGAGAGGGCUGCCGCCGCUGCUGCUGCUGCUGCUGUUGCUGUCAAAGCUCCGUUCGGCGGCUCGAGGCUCAAGAGGCGGAAAACCCUUUCCGAAAACCAAACGUCCAGAAGGCAAGACGGGCGUCGAAAUGCGGCGGUCCGAUCGUUCUCGGCGUGUGCCCGCCAGGUAUUCACCUACUCUGGCCGCUGUCAAAACCCUGUUGCCUCAGAAAUCUGGCAUUGUGUCCAAAUACAAGUCCAAAAACAUCAAAUCUGUCAAUCCUGGAAAGACAGCUGCUGUGAAAACUACCGCUGAACUCUCGUCACAAGGCUCCCCAAUGGCCCACCGCAGCAGUGAAAUCUUGUCGAAAUAUGCAAAACCAGGUGAACCAUCCAUCGCUGAAAUAUUCGGAGCAAACCCGGAUAGUGGGAGUGGUCAAGAUAACGAUGCGCAGAUGGAGGAGAUUGAUGUUACUGGUGAAGAAGAGCCAACCAAGGAACCACCUUCCUGGAUUGAAGCCGGCCCACUGGAGGCCAAAGCAGCCCCAAGUCAAGCAAAAGUGAAAAAGUGCACUGGAAUACCUAGAAUGGGAUAUGGAGACCUCAUAUCUCAGACUGCAGCUUUACCACGGUCUUCAUAUCCUAUACUUGAUACCUUCAUAGAAGGAGCAGCUACCCCAGGAGAUAAGCCUGGCCAAAAAACUCUCGCUCCUCAGAAGAAGAAGCUCAUCCAACAGCACCUGAUUUUGCUGCUUCAUGCCUUCAAAUGCAACCGAGCUGCCUCCACCAAACUCCCUUGCCCAAUUCCUUUCUGCAGUGUAAUGAAGAAAGUCCAGUCUCACAUGCGACAGUGCACAGAUGGGUAUAAUUGCAGUGCUCCUUUCUGUUCCUCGUCACGACGCAUCAUGUGUCACUGGAAGCAGUGCAAGACGCCAGAUUGUGUUGUCUGCAGUCGCUUGAAGUGUAUUUAUUUGAAUAAAAGGAAGAAGGCUCUUGAGAGAUUGAAAGCUUUGGGCAUGCCUCUGCCAGUCAAACAGGCAUCAGGGUCAAAUACUGAUGCUACUGUUGCCAAAGUAGCUUCUCCAGCUGCUCAAGGGAAACCUUCUCCUCUUGUUAAUGCAGCCUAAGUUUUUGUAAAUUUAAAAAACCAUUAUCAUUUCAUCUCCAUCAUGUCACAUGUAUAUUCGUGCUAUUGCCUUUACCCGUUUCCAUGCAAAAUGGAAUUAGAGGCUAUGACCCACUCUUUCAAAACUUACGUAACUCUUAAAUUGUGGAAAACAAUUUAGUUUGUUGCUGGUAAUUGACUUCUUUAUCUUAUGCUUUAUUUGGGUUUAAAUCAGUCAUAAAAUAACAAAAUUUUCUUGUAAAGAAAUCUUAUGUGAUCUGAGAACAUAUGUGACCUUUCUCAAAUCUAUUUAUGAUGGAUGUUAUACCCUCCCUUCAUCACUAUCAUACAAUUGUAUCAUUCAUGAGUGUUUAGUUAUACUCUCGAUUCUGAGUGCCAUGUUUAUUUCUAUAUUAGAUAUAUGAUUGUUGCACUUCUGCACAUGCAUCUUCAACAUUAUUUAUUUGUGUGAGUAUUUCACAUCAUUUAGUCAAGAGAUACAUUACCAGUACAAUACAUAUGUCAGAUAAGGUCUAAAAGCUUUGGCCUGACUUGUAGUGUGUAGUAUACUUUUCUGUUCUAGAAACUUGGUAUUGUUUUGAGUCAUCAGAUUUACAGCUGAUGCUCCUCAUAUUCACCUUCAUAAAGUAUUAUAAAGUAUCUUAGAUGUUGAAUGAAAAACCAUAAGAGUUCAACCAGUGUAUCUUACCUCUGUGGAAAGUCUUUGACUUGAAUCUUGUAGCUAAAUGCUGUAGUCAAAGUACUGUUGGCAAAACUGGCUUUGUAAAUUGCUAACUGUAGUGGGUCCUUUAACUUAUGACUCACUUUGAAGACUGUGAACACAUCUUCAUGAUUGAUUUCUUUCAUGCUAUAUGUGUUAAAUAUUAAUGAAUGUCUGACUUCUUUCCACAUUGUAGGUUUGGUGGCAUACUAUGUCCUCCAUUGAGAAUUUGUGAAUAUGUGAUUAAACAAAGGACUGAUGGACAUGAUUAUCUUGCAUGCAUCCAUAGUUGGGAUUGCAGUUUUGUAUACUUUAGAAUCAUGUUGUGAAAGGUAGUUUGAAUAUUUCAAUCACCCUUAUCAUGUGUGGUAAAUUUCAUAUUUGCAGUCUGUCAUCUGCCAUCUAUGACAAUCUAGGAAAUGUAAAGUAAGAAGUAAUUUAAUCUGCUUAUUUCUAUGUGAAGUACCUUCAAUGUCACUAGUAGCCUCCACAAUUAUGUAGGUGGUUGCAUAUAAACCUAUCUCAUAAUUAUAGGCUUAUGAUCUGACUAGACUUGUGGCUGUGUAGUGUCUUUAGAUUUAUUUAUAUACUUUUUGUUGAGCUUUAUUGAAAUUUAUUAUCUCCCCAAUUUUAAUACCAAUUUAUAACGGUUCAAGUUGUUUAUGAUGUGUGCGUGGAUUGUAGUCAAGGUUUUUAAUUUGCUUAGGAAAAAUUGUUUUUAUUUAUGCACUUAGCAACUUUGAACAUAUCUUUAUUUAUCAUGAUUGAUCAGCGCAGAUUUUUAAUUUUUUUUAUUAGAUUUAAGAAAUUAUUGUAAGUGCUUUAUUAUCUGAAAGCAACUAGGACAUUAUUUAUGGACUAGAAAAUGUUUUAGCAGUGUAACUCUGUUUGAGAUUGAAAUCUGUGUGUCUUUGUGUUUUUUAUUUGUGAUCUGAACUUUUUCUUUGGAGUUAUGAUCUUUAAGGUCUCUUGUCUAGAUGCAAAUUUUGUGUUAUGCUCCCCCCUAUUUAUUUUUAUUGUCUGACAGUAAUGCAAUGUUUAACAUCUCAAUCUGAGUUGUAUAGUGUGUCCCAUUGGCCCCAUACUACCUCUAUGUACUGUACUGUACUGCAUGCAGGCAUGCGGGCGGGCUUGCCUACUACCCACACUCCUGCAUUCAACACAGUUUAAACAAACAAUAAUACAGGGUCGAUGCGACACCCUGAAUACUAAUGUUUAACUUGCUCUGCUGGUGUUAACAAAAACUUACUCCACCAUAAUUAUGCAGAUGAAUAGGAAAAUUGUGAAGUUUAUUGUUUGCAAAAUGUUUGUCUGGUCCUUUAAUGUGUGUAUUUGCAUGAAAAUGUGUGUCCAUGCCCUGCAUGUGGGUGUGUUGUCUGAAUUCUUGUCUCAAGGCUUUUGAUCAGAAUCUCUUUAACUUAUGAAUUUAGUUUGAAGUUUUAUUGAGAAUGAAAGCACAUUAAUACAAUUUAUUUAAAAUUUGUUACCAUUAAACCAAAGUAUAUUGUCUAUUAGAACUAAUAUGAGGUAAGCUAACUAGUUAGUUGAUCUUCCUAAUGUGAUAUAAGAUGUGUUAUAUGUUUAUCAUCAGAUUUUAUUAAUUUUCAUCUGAUGCGUUAAAAAUUGCAGUAAAUUCAAUUAUGUGCCAUAAUUUUGGGUGGUGGGACCAUAAUCAGCUGAUCAGAGCUUUAACCUGCCAUCAAUAAUGCACAGAAGUAAUUUUCUCUUUAACAUAGUUUUGUGAUAAAAUUUAAUUCAGUGAGUGAAUUUUCACCGACACAUAUUUGGUGUCCUGGGUUAUCAUUUAAUGCCCUUGUGUUUAUUGUUCAAUUGUAAACCUAAACUUCUUUGACUUGGUUCAAAAAAGGAGCAUUGAAAAAUAAAAUUAAUAAAUUACCUUGGCAGCUGGUUUGCUUAUGAAAUGUAAAGGGAGUUAAAGUCCUUUAUAAAAUUAAAAUCUUUUAGACAAAUAUAAUUACAUAUUUACUAAUUAAGUUCUCCCUUUUGAAAACCAACAAAUCUACGUUGGCAUCAGGGCCACAUGUGAUGACCCCUCUAUGUGAUUAUAAUACACUUGAUUUCAGUAAUAACGCAUAUCAGAAUCUACUCAUUGUCGUCCCUGAUAAGCACUUGGUAAUUGCUCGUGGAAGCAUCUUAUAUUUCAUCAAUAAAAUCCUCAACUGCUGUAUGAAUCAAUUCAUACAAUAACCAGGGAGCACACCGAAUGGAUUUUCAUCAAUGGCAUUGAGAAUUUUUCACUAGCAUAUCUGAUAAAGCGCUGAUAAGUUGCUGAUAAUUACAUUACCUACCUUAGACAAAAAUCAUGUCAAUACAAAUUUAAAGGAGUUUGUAUUUUAUGCUUACCACCCUACAAAUAUCUUUCUUAUAGCUUUACCAGAUGUUGAGUACAACUUUUCUUACUCCUUUUGGAUGUAGAAAGAAAUGAAAUCUUAUAAAAUGAUGUAAUCUUAUGUAUAUGAAAAAUAUUGUGUUGUAAUACGUAAUUCCCAUGAAGAAUCGUACUUGUAUAAUUUGUGUGUGUGAAUACCGUAGGAAUAUGUGUACUGCAGUAUUUAGAAUGAUCACUUAAACUCUUAUCACUUUUAGUUCUUUUCUACCCUAUUAUAAUCAGUAUAAUUGGGACAUGUCUAUUGUCCUCAGAAUUUGUCCAUCUUGGUGAGCAGUUUCUUCAUAAUAGCUUGAACUUUCUGUUGUGACUAUCUUGUCCAUAGGUGCAUGGAACUGAAUUAUCAUUAUCAUUGUCUAGUGCAAACUUUGUUUGCCAACUAACUGGUUCUUGGGAAAUUCAAUGAGUGGUGUAGAAUUAAAUGAGAUUCAAAAAUCCUUUGAAAA